GCUUCCUUUCUCAGCAGAAGUGAAGUGAACUGGCUGACCCAGCUGCUAGUUGCAAGGAAUGCUGCAGUGCACUAUAUGUGGAUAUGGGUUGGAUGGGAAUGAUUACGGUUGCCCAACAGUGUCGUGAUCGUAUUACAGAGUCGGGGGAGUGAACAUUAGAUUUUCUUUUAAAUUGGAAUACAUGUUGUCUUUGAAGAGUUUGGGUAGGAAUUAAGGUUGUGAUCUUUGGGAAUCAUUUGCAACAAAGGAUUAUCGAAUGUUUGCGCUCCAUGAUUCUGCAAAUCACGCGCUGUUCAAAGACGCCUGGUUCACGCAGCUCUCUGCAGAAACACAAAAAAACAUCGGUGAACAUUUAAGGAACAACUAGGAUCGACUGCUACCGUUAUCUUUAUUUGUCAAUAGCAUCUCGGUUCGGUUCUGCAGGACGACAAUGUUUUCAUUGAGGAUCGUCACGGCGGAUUAUUACAUGAGCAGCCCGAUCAGAGAGCUGGACGUCUGUUAUUCUGAAUUCAGAGAGAACGAUGUCAAGAAAGUGCCCGUGGUGCGGAUCUUUGGGGCAACACCAGCAGGCCAGAAGACUUGUCUUCAUCUGCAUGGCGUGUUCCCAUACAUCUAUGUGCCGUAUGACGGAUUUGGACAGGAAGCAGAUCGUUACCUUCGACAGGUGGCCUACAGUAUUGACAGAGCCCUGAAUGUCAGCAUGGGAAACCCCUCGUCUAAUGUGCAGCACAUCUUUAAAGUGGUUCUGGUGUCUGGCAUGCCUUUCUAUGGAUACCAUAUGAAGGAAAAAACCUUUAUGAAGAUUUACCUAUACAACCCACAGAUGGUCAAAAGGGUGAGUGAACUCCUGCAGGGUGGAGCUGUAAUGAAUAAGAGUUUUCAGCCCCAUGAAGCACAUAUUCCUUUCCUGCUGCAGCUAUUUAUCGAUUACAACCUCUACGGCAUGAACAUGAUCAGUCUCGCUGCUGUUAAGUUUCGAAAAAGCAGUGCAACAGACCGACAGAUUGAGAGUGACUCUUGAAGGACCAGCACCACAUCCUCUUGUACCACUGUUUGUGAUUCACUUGCACUUGCAUUCCCUGUAUUCAGAUCACGCUGCAUUCAUGUUCACUUAUUUACUUUAAAAUAAUCCAAGAUGCUAUAUCAGUCAAAAUUUAUUGGUCAGACUCACACAUUUGAAAUAACGAAUUUAAGCGCACAAAAGACAUGACGUGAACGGCCCCUAAGCCAGUUGGAGAGUCCAAAAAGCACAGGUGCUAUUUAUUAAUUAUUUUUAUUAUUGUUAACAUUCUAUUGUUUAUGUUCAGCAGCUUACAGAUUUUAAGUUAUUCAGUUUAAGGUGUCUUAAAUAAGGAAAAGAGACUAUUUUUGUUACUUUUAAUUCCAGCACUUUAUUAUAAAUGAAUGUCCUGUGUAGACAGCACUUCUUUUUUUGCAAUAAAUGUUUUGGUUGGAAAAAAAUAAGAAUCGUGUGAGAGAAUCAUGAUCUCAAUUCCCAUGGAGAAAAAUCGUGAUUCACAUUUUAGCAAGAAUCGUGCAGCCCUACUUCAGCUUGUGAUUUUUAAGUGGGGGUCAUUUUUUAGGAUUCUUUACCUAAUUUUAGUCUCUAGAUCCUGACACCUUGCACUUUUGGAGACCCCAGGUAGGUUGCAGUUCUGGAAAAUGGUGGCAUUGGAGACUAAAGGGUUCCUGAUGGUUUCACACUUAAUUAUUCACCUUAAUUCUUAAUUAUUUUGCAGUUAUCAUGUGUCGUUUCUUUUCCACCUGUUUUUGUCUGGCCCUGCUGACUCAAUGAGCAUUUUGCUGUCCAGUGGUCAUGCCUUAACUUUGCAAUUUCUAGUAUUGCAUCAGUAUUGCAUCCUUCUCUUGAGCAUUUAAUAAUAAGAGUUAAAUCUUUUUUUUUUUUUUUUUUUUUUUUUUUUUGCUCAUUUUGCCUGUAAAAGAAAACCUGCCUAAUAAUUAUGCACAGCUGAAUUUAAGGUGUUUUUCAUUCCCAGCCCAAUAGUCCCAAUAGUAGUUAUUAAGGUUGAUGUGGUUUGGAAUUGGUAAAUUGUGCUUGGGAAAAAAAAAAAAUAUGAUCAGAAAAUCAACUUGCCUAAUAAUUCUGCACUUGGUGUAUGUAAUGUUCUAUUUAUUAAAACCAAGUAUAGAUCUAAUCAAGUUAGUGUUUUUAUGCAUUUCUACAUUUAUUCCAAAAUAAUAACUAAAGGCAGUAAUAAUUUAUACAAUUUAUAUUAUUUGUGAACUAAUAUUCAGCUUUUCUUUUUAAUAAUCAUCUUAUUUUCAGCAGUCAUCAAUGUUGUAUGUACUGGUCAUAGACACGAAGAUGUACCUUUAAUUUCACCAAGCUGAUUGCUCAGUCAUGCUUUCAGGCCAUUUUAAGUUUGAUUUUGAUGUGACAAAGCAGUGAUAUCUAAGUGGCUGAGUUGUUUACUUACUUUUUAAUUAGGCUUCCCAUCGUUGUCUUCAUUCAGGCUGAUUUGAAUGCGGAACGCGCAUGUAAACAAAAGGCGAGAUUUAUCACACAAACCAAUCAUAUCCAAUCAUAGCACGAUGGAGACAUGGCCUCCUCUUACAUGACUUUCCCCCAUUCAUUCUCAAUUACCCCCCACUAAUUUAUGGAGAUAGAAUUGUUCCAUUAUUCCAAAUAAAUAGAUUAUGAUCAUUUGUGGAUCUCUACAUGCAUUUGUGAAUCACCUCACAAAUUUAUGGAUUUUGAAACCAUUCUAGCGUCAAGACUGCAGACAAAUCCACAAAGA